ACAAGAUUGUGCAAGGGUGUUUGCCGGGUGAAGGGUGGGGAGGAGGCGUGGAGGGGUUGAAGGGGAAGAUGUCCUGCAAUGACACUGGCCCGCACAGGGAGCAGUAAGUCAGGGAAACCGAAACUGAGCCUUUUUCCACGGGCUGUUUCUAGUUGAGUCUCUAAGGCCUAUGGAGGGGUGGGGAGCUCCUCUGCCCCCCGCCCCUCCAGAGCAAUCCCUUGCUCAGGGAGGAGCGUGAAUUCAGUCCAUGACUGGGUUUGGGGUCACCCUUCCUCUUCAGGUCAGUUGUGCAACCCAGUCUCCCCCCACCCGCCAAGGAAGGCAACAGGGCAGGGGCUGGGUCCGGUCCCCGUCCCCGCACCCCCACCCCAGCAAUCUAAUCUUCCGUUGAAUAACCAGUGUGUAGAUUAGGUACAGGUUUAGCGGCAGAAAAAAGUGUCUUUUCUUUUAAAUUUCAUUUCAUGUAUCGAAAAGAGAAUCAAGGAGCCAUCGCGGGAGAGCCUAACCGUCGGACCCACGCCGUUCCGUACUCCUUCCUCUGAACGAGGGCGGAGAGCGGGGAGCUCAGGCAGGGGCCGCCAUGGAGCAGUGCGCAAGCGUGGAGAGAGAAGUGGACAGGGUCCUCCAGAAGUUCCAGGCCUACGGGCAGCACUUCGAGCAGAGCCUGGAGGAGCUGCUGCACUGCGUGGGCCGGCUGCGGGCCGAGCUGGCCAGUGCAGCCCUCCAGGGGACCUCUCUCUCAGCCACCCUCUCCUUGGUGAUGUCCCAGUGCUGCCAGAAGAUCAGAGACGCUGUGCAGAAACUGGCUUCGGACCACAAGGACAUUCACAGCAGUGUCUCCCGAGUGGGCAAAGCCAUCGACAGGAACUUCGACGCUGAGAUCUGCGGCGUGGUCUCGGAUGCGGUGUGGGGCUCCCGGGAGCAGCAGCAGCAGGCCUUGCAGCUGGCCAUGGUGGAGCACCUGUACCAGCAGGGCCUACUCGGCGUGGCCGAGGAGCUGUGCCAGGAAUCCACACUGAACGUGGACUUGGAUUUCAAGCAGCCUUUCCUGGAGCUGAAUCGAAUCCUAGAAGCUCUGCACAAACAUGACCUGGGGCCGGCAUUGGAAUGGGCCGCCUCCCACAGGCAGCGUCUGCUCGAGCUCAACAGCUCCCUGGAGUUCAAGCUGCACCGACUGCACUUUAUCCACCUCCUGGCUGGGGGCCCCGACAGGCAGCUGGAGGCCCUCAGCUACGCCAGGCGCUUCCAGCCCUUUGCUCGGCUGCACCAGCGGGAGAUCCAGGUGAUGAUGGGCAGUCUGGUGUACCUGCGACUAGGCUUGGAGAAGUCGCCCUACUGCCACCUCCUGGACAACAGCCGCUGGGCUGAGAUCUGUGAGACCUUUACGCGCGAUGCUUGUUCCCUGCUGGGGCUUUCUGUGGAGUCGCCCCUCAGCGUCAGCUUUGCCUCUGGCUGCGUGGCGCUGCCCAUGCUGAUGAACAUCAAAGCUGUGAUUGAGCAAAGGCAGUGCACGGGGGUCUGGAGUCACAAGGACGAGUUGCCGAUUGAGAUUGAACUCGGCAUGAAGUGCUGGUUCCACUCGGUGUUCGCCUGCCCCAUCCUACGCCAGCAGACGUCAGAGUCCAACCCCCCCAUCAAGCUCAUCUGUGGCCACGUCAUCUCCCAGGACGCACUCAACAAGCUCGUUAACGGAGGAAAGCUGAAGUGUCCCUACUGUCCCGUGGAACAGAACCCAGCUGAUGGGAAGCGCAUCAUAUUCUGACUCCUGCCCGGAAGGAACCCAGUUUAAACAAGUUUUCCACCCAUGAGCCUUGCUGUCUCCUGGGCUGGUCGGCUUCGGUGGGUGGUGGUUCCUUUCAGAGCAGGUGGCCGAGUGUCGCCACAGCAGGGGCCGGGACGGGAACGAACCAGACUGCACCGGACAGCUGGCUCCUGGACUGUCUGGACAAGGAGACGCCGGCUUCUGGGUUCCAGCCACCUCCGUUUCUGUUGCUACUGACUCGGCAGCAACUGAUGGCGGAGCAGAGGACUUGGGCGGCGGCGGCAAGUCUCCAUCCCUGCCCUCAGCCAGGCCUUCCUGCCACAGCAGCGCCCUGUCUUACCCGCUCGCCGUACCGCCUCACCGCUGUGUGUGUCCGUCACCCACUGUAAAUGCUCUGGGUUAGAACUAAAUGCCAUUGUUUUAUAAAUUUGAGCAAAUAUAUUCACAGGCCUUCUCCUUCUCUUAGCUCCACCAACAAAUAA